AACAUCAAACACAGCAGCGAGCAGCUUCUUAUCUCCCCUUCUUCCCCUCUUUAUCAGAUUAAUUCUCUGCAGAGAGCUCAAACCUGAGCAAAUCAAUCUGAAAUGGCAGCAGCAAUGGUCCCGAAAGCCAUAGCCAUACUAGCACUCCUCGCUACCCUCUCAACUCAGGCAAUCGGGGAGGACAUGCUCUUUAGUGGGGAGACCCUCAAUGCAGGUCAGUUCUUAGAGAACGGCCCUUACAGAUUCAUCAUGCAGGCCGACUGCAACCUUGUCCUCUACAUCAACAGAACCAGGCCGCUGUGGUCUUCCGGCACGGACAAGAAGGGCACCAACUGUAGGGCAACCUUACAGAACAACGGCAACUUGGUUGUGUUGGCAGGAAAUAAUGAUGUUCUGUGGACGAGUGGGACGCCAAGAGGCCCCAACAACUACCGCCUGAUUGUGCAGACCGACGGUAACGUGGUGAUCUAUGGUGCCGCUCUGUGGGCUACCAACACUGUUCAGAGUGGUAGCAGGAAGCGUUUGCUGUAGGUCCAAAUUAAAGUGUUUGGUAAUUGGUUGCAUCUGGCGAAGGAAAUAUAGACGUUUGGUUCCUAUAUGUUUGAAGCAUGAGUGAGUUUCAGGACCUUCAAGGGUUUUGUAUGUAGUAGCUUCAUCAACAGUGAUUGUGUACUGCUGUGAUCAAUAAAAAUGUUGCCUGGAUUUCUUUA